UGUAAGGACGAUGCGAUUGCGUUAUCCCGUGGCUUAAGGCGUUUUGUGCAGAAUCGUCGAUCUGUUGAUCACGGAAGCCAAUAACCAACAUCACAUUAGAAGUUGUACAUGGGAAAUGGGAAAUGGGGUUCAGUGGCAGAUGAUGAAUAAUAUCAUAAGUGUGGCUUACGUUCAAUAUCCGUGUGCGACUGUGGCUGAUCACGCAACUUCGCGGCGCCUCUUUUCAAACCCAGCUGACACAUCACCACCAGGUCGAAAUAUUCCUCUUCUUACCUAUCAUUUUCCUAACAUCUUGAGGAUCGGCAUUUAGGUAUAUCUCCUGUAUUUAAUCAGGUGAGAUUCACCCAUUGAAUCCCCCAAGAUUUAUUCCGUUAAUAUUGCAUUCAUCAUUCCCAUUUUAUCUUGGAAAGACUUCCACUUGAAAUAAAAGUGCAUCUUAACGGGGGAGAGAAAUAUCAAUCCGGUAAAGCCGAGGUCAAGCCCGGCUACCUUCCGAUUUAAAAUGGGCUGGCCGUAUGAGAUAUUCGCGCUGGAUGACGCCCAGAAGCACGCUCGGCGCCAAUCCCUCGACCGUCAUGCGGCUUACGCCCAGCUCUCUGCUCUCAUUCCUAUAGGCCUGGCUCUUAUGUACCAGCUGGGAGUCUUCAUAUUCAAACGGGUGUCCCCUUACCAGCCCGUAUCUUACUCAGCUGUUCCGAGCUCUCCGGGACUCAAGCACGAGAGACAAAGUGCUGCCGGGUCUUGGGGCAUUACGGCACGGCGUAUCGCAUGGUGGCUCGGCGACGAUGUGGUCGUUCUAGGAUUCAACUUAGGACAAAGGGACGAAAUAAUCUUCGGCUCUUUAUGGUCGAUAUGGCUCAUGUUCUUAUGUUUCGUCGGUACUGGAAAUGAUUAUCUUCACCUCACGAAGCGGUUUGGGAUUGUUGCUAUUUCUCAACUUCCACUACAAUACUUGUUAAUACUGAAGAGUCUCAACCCUGUCGCCUUCGCGUUCGGGUCUUCCCAUGAGCAACUCAACCGAUGGCAUCGUGUUCUCGGCGGGAUUAUCUACUCCAUGCUCCUCGUCCACGCGGGUUUAUAUCUAAAUUUUUAUGUCCAUGAAGGCAUUCUAUCUGAGAGGAUUGUUCGCCCCAUCCCCGCCCUUGGACUUGGCUCCAUCAUUGGUAUGAGCUUGCUAUCUGCCACGGCCCUUAAACUCGUCCGUACCUACUCGUACCGUGUCUUCUUCAUCACGCACCUCAUGGUAGCGCUGCUACUUCCACCAGCUAUCUUUUUCCACUCUCAUCACGGAGGUCGGCAAUAUGUGAUUGAGCCAUUAGUAUUUUUCUUUAUCGACCUCAUUACGCGCAAGAUCGGCACGAUCACCGCGCCAUCAACUUUAGAGCUUAUUCCUGAUACGAGCUUGAUCAAGAUAGUAGCUAGUCUCCCCUCUUCGAAACUCGACCGCUUCCGCAAGUACGCCGGAAUGCACGUAUAUUUAACGAUUCCUUUUUCUUCUCGCCGAAGCUCACACCUUCUAUUCGAGUUCACUUUUAACCCGUUCACUAUCGCAUCGGUAGACGAAAAGACAGGAGAGCUUACUUUGGUCGCAAGACGUCAGAGAGGACCUAUGACCAAGGCUUUGGCCCAAUUUGCGGAAGACGACUCGGCUAGCACCAAAGUGCCACUAUGCAUAGAUGGCCCUUACGGAUGCGCGACGUGGUUCCCAAACCUAGCUGGCCCAGAAUUUGACCGCAUCCUGCUAGUCGCCGGUGGGGUUGGUUCUACAUUUAUUUUGCCCAUAUCUAGAUAUAUCAUAAAUGAAAAUCCAGCAGCCCGGGUACAGAUGGUCUGGGCAGUACGCGGGGCUGCUGAUGCGUCUUGGCCUCUUGAGAAUGGGGACGAUUCCCUUGACGACAACAUACAGCUGUUCUUGACUCGGGCCAUUCCACGAGACCCCACUCUGCGAGAAGCGGUCGAGUUAGAUAAUACUUCGUACCCUAACGUAAGGCAGAUUCAUAAACGGCCCGACCUACGUCAAAUUGUGGAUGACUUUCUUCGUCAAGGGCUUGAGGAACGGGUCGCCGUGUUAGUAUGCGGACCCGAGGAAAUGGGUCGUGAGUUGAGAUCCUAUGUCGGAGCCUGGGUAAAUAAAGGUAGAAACGUCUGGUGGCAUAACGAAGGCUUCGCAUGGUAAAUUUUUUUUUUAUGAGCGGAUCGUUGGCCGCGAUGAAACUUUAGCUGGUUUUGGAAAGUGAACAACUUUCCUUUAGAUGAUGUGCUCCGAAUCCGUAUUCCUGGAGCCUUGGCAGAAACGACCUUUUAAUACCUUCAAUAGAAACACUCGGUCUGUUAAUCCAGUGAUGAUAGACGUAUGCGCA